AUGGCUUUGGCACGCAAGCUUUGGACAGAAGACACGCAUGUGGAUAACAAUAUUGACGAUGAGCGAACAGCAUUAAUCAAACGAGCAUCGCAUGAUACCGGAAUUUUUAACGUCACAGCGACUCAAGACUUCCGGUGGUUGCUGAAGAAAGGAUUGUCAAUUGCCGGCACAAUUUUACUACAUCAAACCAUGGAACUGACAAACUUAUCAAUGAUCGGCCAUAUGGGCGCACAAGAAUUAGCAGCUGUGACGCUAGCGAACAUGUUGCUAGCAGUAAUGUAUUACUGCGUAACAGGAGGUAUCUCCAACUCUUUGGAGACGCUGUGCUCACAGGCAUAUACAGGAGCCAAGGACAAGACCAUGGUCGGCGUAUAUUUUCAGCGCGUAUACCUUGUUCUGGUUAUGUGGAGUAUGGUUACUGGCGUUGUCCUUUGGAACGGUACCUCGAUUUUAGAAGCAUUGGGCCAAGAACCCGAGCUCGCUGCCAAAGCAGGCUAUUAUCUGCGAUGUAUUUUUCCGAGUGCAGUCGCAUACGUGACAUUCGACGCACAUCGCAAGUAUCUCCAAGCACAAGGCGAAACAAUGGCGUCCGUGUAUAUCCUGUUAAUUGGUGCCGUAUUAAAUGGCGCACUUCAGUACUUUUCAUUUAACGUUGGCAUGGGCUUGUCAGGUGUGCCGAUUGGUAUCUCCAUCGCGAUAUUCUUCAUGCUCGGCGCACAAUUGUUUUACGCAAGUUUUAUUCGGAAAACCAACAUUAAUUGCUGGGGCGGCUGUAGCAAGGUCAACCAGAAAGAAUGGCUGAGGUUUAUUAAGCUGGUCAUGAGCAACCUGAUUGUGAUAUGCUCCGAAUACUACGUUGCGGAACUGUCGAUUUUAGCGAUCUCUUAUCUUGCCACUAGGAGUAGUAAUAGCAAUCACAGUGAUAAUGACAGCUCUAUACUCAUUGCCGCCGGAUCGGUGCUCUUACGUUUUCACCUUUCUUCACAUACGGUCGCCAUUGGUCUUGCUGCCGCAUCAGCGACACGCGUGGGGCAUCAUAUCGGACAUGGAUAUGUACAGUGUGCACGCUUAAGUUUCCAUAUGGGCUGCUGGGUCUCACUUACUUUGUCGAUGCCACUAUCGGUCUUUUUUUGGACAUUCCGGGACACUUUGCCGUACUUGUUUGUUACUCGGGACAAUACAGUGGUCGCACAGCUUAUCUCGACUGGCCUACCACUUUUAGCGUCCUUCCAAUUGUUCGGGAUGAUCGCUGGUCAGUUGUCAGGUGUUCUGCGCGGACUAGGUCGGCAACAGGUGUCGGCUUUCAUCUCUGUGAUUGCGUUUUAUGGUGUUACAGUGCCCUUGGGUUACACUUUGAUUUUCCGUUAUGAUAAAAAUUCCACUACUGCCCACGAUGACAAUUAUUAUUCGUCACCGUGGUUCGGCGUGAAUGGCGUCUGGGUCGCCUUUGGGAUUGGCUAUCUUAUAUAUGCUUUAGCACAAUUGCUGUUUUUGUGCAUGGUCGUCGAUUGGUCUGCCGAAUGCGCCAAGGUGCGUCAACAUUACUCUUGUCUGGCCGAUGAUGCAGUUGAUGAACAGGCGCAGAAUGGUGAUUAUUUUUCAACAAGGAAGGACCCAGUAGUAGCAGCAACUAACACAAGCAGCUAUAGUCUAUUGUAUACAAAAUAA